AUGGAGACCUCGCUUCCCACGCCUUCGAUGCCCUCGAGCGCCAAGAUGGCGGGUCUGGGCCGCGGAAGUGAUGCCAAGCGCUACGAGCAAAGAGGCGUCUCUGCAGACAAGGGCGAUGUCCAUGCUGCCUGGGGCUCAGUCGCCCGCCUCACUGCCGACCCUCUGGAGACUGCCGGAGCGGCCAUCAAGAACAUGGACAAGGGCCUCUUCCCGCGCGCCUUCUGCAAGGUGGUUCCAGAUUUUAUCUCCCGGGAUCCGACACAAGCGAUCGUGAUGCACGCCGACGGCGCAGGCACCAAGUCCUCCCUGGCGUACAUCUACUGGAAGAAGACGGGGGACAUCUCCGUAUGGAAAGGAAUCGCGCAGGAUGCCUUGGUUAUGAACCUGGACGACCUGCUGUGUGUCGGCAUCACCGACAACAUCCUUUUGUCCAGUACCAUCGGGCGAAACAAGAACCUCAUCCCAAGAGAGGUCGUUGCUGCAGUCAUCGGUGGCACUGCUGCCCUGGUGGAUGAGCUGAACAGACAUGGCGCAGGGCACCCGGACAAAGAAGAAUUGGUCGGCAUCAUCCUCACGGGUGGUGAGACGGCCGAUGUGGGCGAUCUGGUGCUUCGGGCUGUGCGAACCAUCAUCGUGGACUCCACGGUGGCAGCGCAGGUGGGCCCUGUGCGCAGUGUGCACUGUGGGGCUUUCUCCGGCGUCCCUGAGAAAGAGCACGCUGCAGUGGCGGUGGCUUUUACGGGGACCGAGCAGCGGCUAAUUACGUGCAGGCGACGUGAUCGUUGCGUUGUCAUCCUCGGGCAGUCCGGCGCCAAGCACAGGGGUUGGGUGCUGGCUGAUGCAGAGUCCAGGGCCGAUCGAGCCAGCUACGAGGACUGCUACAACAGCGGCAUCGGAAGCAAUGGGCUCACAGCAGCCCGGCACGACACCUUCAAGAAUUCACUGGCGGCCGAAUACCCGGAGUCUUUCGACCCAAUGAUGGCCAAGGAGCUGGUUUACAGCGGCAAGGUGGGCCUAGAGGACCCGAUUCAGAUCGAGGGCUUCGGGACCAUCCCAGCAGGCAAGCUGUUGCUGUCCCCGACAAGAACAUACGGCCCCAUCGUGCAGAAGAUCUUCGCUGCAGGCUUGCGGCCACAGAUUCACGGCAUGGUGCACUGCUCGGGCGGCGCACAGACAAAGGUCCUUCACUUCGUGGAUGCCGUCCAUGUGAUUAAGGACAACCUGAUGAAGACAGCACCGGUCUUCAGCCCUUUGGCCUGCAAAGCCAGGCAAAGCGAAGUCUUCCAAUCGCAGGGCCAGGGUUGGGGGACACACUCAAGCGCUUUGAAUCGCCUUAGAAACUUCUUUGCAAUGCUUCUUCAAGGACAGGUAUGA